AUGUGUAAAUCAAUUGUAUUCCUUUGAAUUUGAAGUAUUUAGUGAAGAAUAAGGAGUCUAUUUAAGAAAAUAUACUUAACUCAAAGCAUAUUAGUUAGAUUUGUUUAGAUGGGUACAAUACACUAAAAUAGACAUAGUCAUAUGAAUAACAAAAUACAAAGAAAUAAUGA